GGCAACAUUACGAUACUCCAAAAGGGACAACAACAAAAUUAUAUUCGCUGCGUAAUUAAUUAAAUUUUUAUUCAGUAAAAUCACAAGGAACUUGGUAAAAAGUGGUAUCAUCUCAGCGUAGCAAUUGUGUUCAAUCCUACCACUCAACAGCACUUAAGAUAGCUAGAGGAAGCAAAGCACAAACACAGAAGAAUCAAUCGAAAUGGCCACCCGUAAGAAAUCCUUGCUUAAGGUCAUCAUUUUGGGCGACAGCAGCGUUGGCAAAACAUCACUAAUGAACCAAUAUGUAAACAAACGAUUCUCUAAUCAAUAUAAGGCCACAAUCGGUGCGGAUUUCUGUACAAAAGAGGUUGUAGUCAAUGAUCGUGUUGUCACAAUGCAGAUUUGGGACACUGCUGGCCAGGAACGUUUCCAAUCGCUCGGUGUGGCCUUCUAUCGCGGCGCCGAUUGUUGUGUCCUUGUCUACGAUGUUACGGCACCCAAUUCGUUUAAGAAUCUCGACUCGUGGCGCGAUGAGUUCUUAAUACAGGCCAGUCCCAGGAAUCCAGAGCAUUUCCCAUUUGUGGUGUUAGGCAAUAAGGUCGAUUUAGAUAACCGUCAGGUGUCCACGCGUCGGGCGCAGCAAUGGUGCCAAUCGAAAAACGAUAUUCCCUACUAUGAGACUUCCGCCAAGGAGGGCAUCAAUGUGGAAAUGGCGUUUCAGACUAUAGCUAAGAAUGCACUGGAUCAGGAGGCAGAUGCAGAGGUUAUUAACGAUUUUCCAGAUCAGAUCAUAUUGAAUUCGCAAAACAAUCGUCCGGGCAAUCAAGAUAAUUGCCAGUGUUAAUCCAGCAGCAGCAAGAACAACGCAACGUGCAUAAUUGCAAAAAAAAAAAAACAAAAAAAACCUAUAUUAUAAUUAAUAAUAUAUAUAUAUAAAUAUGCAACAUAAUAAUAAUGGCGAUGGACAGAAAAGUGUUCUAAGAUUAAGUAAAACAAUUUGAGAAAAAAAACAGCAUAGUAAUUAAUUACCAAAUAGGCAGCAAAGUUCAGAUUUCAUACAUACAAAGCGCGAUCCCCGUACCGUUCGGCUUAACCGUUCUUUAAAUAUGCAUAUGCUCUGUGUACUCGUAAAAAAUUAUCAAAAAUUAAAUUCAUACCUAAUUAAAACAUA